UUUUUUUCCCCUUCUUCCCCUCGCUCUCCUAGCGUCGCUGUGAUGGUGCUUCUGGUGUCGUGUGCCAUUUCCAGGCCAGCGUGGCUGUCCCGCGUCUUCUCCGUGAGCUCUUUUUGCGUCGGUGCGGUUUUCAACAGUUGCUUUGUGUGAAGCGGGCCGUUUUCCAGCAGGAAGGUCCGCUCCGGGCGCAGGAUGUGAAGUACGUAGGUGUUACGAGCGCGUGCACACGCAAACACGUAACGCCUUCUCUCUGCCACUCGUAUUUAUUGCAUGUGUUGUGUUCAGCGCUGCACGCGGCGAGUGUGGAGCAGCAACACAACGUUGCAGCCACUUUGAACGUGGCUUCGGGGCACUUGGCUGAACUGGUUCAAAAUGGCGCAACAAUGGGAGGUGCUUUGAAGCGUGCCCGCUUGCUGCUCCCAGCGGUGGCAUAUUUAAGGACAAUCAAAAUGUGCUCCAAGUGUGAAUUGUUCCUACUUUUUCCCCUCUCGGUGCCGACAGCAAGCAGGUCGGCGUGCAAUGUGCGCAAGCAAGUUUACAUGAAUAUCCGGGGAUGUACUUGUGAGGGAGUUUGGUUGAGCGGCGGACAAAAGGGCUGAACCCAGUGUGCGGGCGCCAGUUUUCCGGGACUUUGCCUUGUUUUUUGUUUUUUUUUAAAGAGCGAUGUGAACAGGACUGUAAAGGAUGGACUUGGCAAAGCAUGUGACGAUGGAGAUCGUGAAGGUGUGGAGCGAGGAUGGGGCCGGUAAAGUGGUGGAGAUCCCGGCAGACAUGACGGCCAGAGACGUGUGCCAGCUCCUGGUCUACAAGAGCCACUGUGUGGACGACAACGCCUGGACACUGGUGGAGCACCACCCCAUCCUUGGCCUCGAGAGAUGCCUGGAGGACCACGAGCUGGUGGUUCAGGUUCAAGCCUCCAUGAGCAGCGACAGCAAAUUCCUCUUCAGGAAGAACUAUGCCAAAUAUGAAUUCUUCAGGAACCCCCUGAACUUCUUUCCAGAGCAGAUGGUGGCUUGGUGUCAGGAGUCUGAUGGCACCAUCCCUCAAUCGCAGCUCUUACAGAACUUCCUGAACUCCAGCAGCUGUCCAGAGAUUCAAGGCUACCUGUACGCAAAAGAUCCCGGACGCAAGUCCUGGAAGAAGCUCUACAUGUUCUUACGGCGCUCCGGCCUCUACUUCUCCACUAAAGGAACAUCCAAGGAGCCACGACACCUGCAGCUUUUGUCCGAUUUGGACGACAGCAACAUCUUCACAGUUAUCACCGGCAGAAAACUGCACAACGCCCCCGCAGACUUCCAGUUCUGCAUCAAGCCCAGUAAAGCCAGGGGAGACUGCAAAGAGAUGAAGAUGUUGUGUGCUGAAGACGAGCAGAGCAGGACCUGCUGGAUGACCGCUUUCAGACUUCUUAAGCAUGGCAUCGUCCUGUAUAAGAGUUACAGCGUGCCCCAGCACAGGAAGCCAAACCUGUCACAUUUCUCCACGCCUGUGCGCAGUGUGUCUGAAAACUCUCUGGUGGCCAUGGACUUCUCAGGAAGAACGGGCCGCGUCAUUGACAACCCCGUGGAAGCUCAGAGCGCCGCCCUAGAGGAGGGUCAGACGUGGCGGAAACGGAGCCAGCGUAUGAAUGUCCUGGGCAGCUCCUCACCUUUGCACCCGUCCUCUUUGAGCACAGUCAUCCACAGGACGCAGGUUUGGUUUCACGGUCGCAUCAUGAGAGAAGAAGCCCACAAGAUGAUCAUCCAACAAGGCCAAGUAGACGGGUUGUUCCUGUUGCGGGACAGUCAGAGUAACCCCAAGGCCUUCGUGCUCACCAUGUGCCACCACCAGAAGAUCAAGCACUUCCAGAUCCUACCGUGCGAGGAAGACGGUCAGGUGUUCUUCAGCCUGGACGACGGAGCCACCAAGUUCACCGACCUGAUUCACUUGGUGGACUUCUACCAGCUGAACAGAGGAGUGCUGCCCUGCAAGCUCAAACACCCGUGCACCGCCGUGGCCUUGUGACUCCGCCCCUUCCUCUUCUGCACCCUUUUCAUUUACAUUUUGCACACCCUUGUACCCCUGAGGUCCCUCUGGGGGCCACGUGAACAAGCCAGCUUUCUCCUCCGCCUUAUUUGCCGUGUGGAUGUUUGACGUUGCCAUGGAGACCGCGAGGUUUGCCUGCGUCUGGCGCCCCCCCCUCCCCCCUCCCUCACCUUUCCUCCAGGCCUGAUAAGCUGUGGUGCAGGAAGCGCCACCAUCUUUCUUCUUCUUCUUUGUUGAUCAUCAGGGAUGGACGGGAAUCCCUCCGGAUCUCAAUCGAACUUUUCUUUUCUGGGAUCCAGGAGGCUUUUCUCAACCUGUGCAGUCCAGUCUGGAUAAGCUGACACCGUGAUGACCCCUGACCCCUGACCCCACCCUCUACUGCUGUCUCUUGACACGAGGCGGGGCUUUUCAGAAAGGACAAAGGAAUGUUUAUCAGGAAUGAGCCUCUCUUUUAGACUUUGAUUACUUGAUGUCAUUUGAAUGCUGUUUUAUUACUGUUGAUUCAAUGCAGAAUUAGUUUGCACUCGUGCGGGAGAGCUGGGGGGGCGACGCGUCCUCCUCCUUGUUUGUCCCCUCCUCCUAACAGCCAGGAGGAGGAAGCGUUUUCAAUCAAAAGGGUUUUUAUUUGUCGCCUUUUUGAAUGUCCUUUUCUUUUCUGAGCUGGCUGCUUGCACAUUUUCCAUGAUCCUGAAGCGAUAAGUGAAAGGUCGGAGGGCAUCCUGACCACUGCCCCCCCACCCCCCACCCCCUACCCCCUACCCCCUACCCCCUACCCCCUACGCCCGCUCAGAAGAGACAAAUCAAAGAUAAGCACUCCCAGCAUUAUUUUGUUUUGCGUUGUUGUAAAAGAAGAAACAGACUUGAAGUGUGAACUCUAAAACCACACAAUCAAAGGAGCUUCACUUGCCUUAGGUGGGAAACAAUGAGCCUGAGCCUUGUAAUAUAUUCCAUGAUAUCCAACCAAACAUGUCUUUUCUUUGGCCUCAGCUAUUGCUGGCUUCUUACUUCACAGAUUUACUCCAAUUUCAUUGUUGGGAUAAAAAAUACACCCGAACAUUUCUAGGCUUCUUCCUUAUUUGUAGUUUUCAUUUGAGAUGGCGAACAGUUUGAUUCCCCCAACUAAAUGCUCCUCUGUGUUCUUCAUACGUCCGACUAAACCUCCAUCCAACAGGUUGUACUCCUCUAAUGAUCAGGUUUAUCUUCUCUGGCCUUAAUUCUAGUCCGCGAAGACAAAGGUUACUAGCUAGCAUGUUUGCUGAAACCUGGGAUGAAUUCAUCCAAAGUUGAACUUCACUA